AUGGUUAUCCAGAACUUUAUAUCUUUUUACCGUAUACCAACACUAUUUGUUUCUGUAUGUUAUCUCUUCAAAAUGCCCUGUGAGUGUCCGAUUUUCCAUCUUUGUUCAGUAUAUCCAUUUAUCUUUAUAUAUAUCUACACCAAGCUAUAUAUCUGUUUUGUUCUAUCUAUCUUUGUUCAAUAUAUUUAUCUAUUUAUCUAUCAAUUUUCUUCUUCUAUCUAUCUAUCUAUCUAUCUAUCUAUCUAUCUAUCUAUCUAUCUAUAUAUCUAUAUAUCUAUGUAUCUAUCUAUCUAUCUUAUCAUAUCUAUGUUCAAUAUAUCUAUCAAUCUCAGUAUUUAUCUAUUUAUCUUUAUAUAUAUAUAUAUAUAUAUAUAUAUAUAUAUAUAUAUUUUUUGUACCAUCUGUUUUUGUUCGAUCUAUCUUUAUUCAAUAUAUUUAUCUAUUUUUGUUUAUCUUCUAUCUAUCUAUCUAUCUAUCUAUCUAUCUAUCUAUCUAUCUUCGUUCAGUAUAUCUAUGUUCAAUAUAUCUAUCAAUCUUUUAUAUCUAUCUAUCAAUCUGUUCAAUAUAUCUAUCUAUCAGUCUUUGUUAAGUAUAUCUAUCUAUCUUAUAUCUAUCUAUCUAUCUAUCUAUCGUUUAUAUCUAUUUUUCUUCUAUCUAUCUUCGUUCAGUCUAUCUAUCUAUCUAUGUUCAAUAUAUCUAUCUAUCUAUCUAUCUAUCUAUCUAUCUAUCUAUCUAUCUAUCUUCGUUCAGUAUAUCAAUCUAUCUAUCUAUCUAUCUAUCUAUCUAUUUAACUUCGUUCAUAUAUCUAUCUAUCUAUCUAUCUACGUUCUAUCUAUCUAUCUAUCUAUCUAUCUAUCUAUUAAUCUAUCUUCGUUCAGUAUUAUAUAUCUAUCUAUUCUUGUUCAAUAUAUCCAUCUAUAUUUGUUACUUCUGUCUAUCUAUCUAUCUAUCUAUCUAUCUAUCUAUCUAUCUAUCUAUCUAUUUUUGUUUUAUUAUCUAUCUUCGUUCAGUCUAUCUAUAUAUCUAUCUAUCUAUCGAUCUAUCUUCGUUCAGUAUAUCUAUUUAUCUAUUUUGUUCUAUCUAUCUAUCUAUUUAUCUAUCUAUCUAUUUUUUUCUAUCUAUCUUCGUUCAGUCUAUCUAUCUAUAUAUCUAUCUAUCUUAGUUCAGUAUAUCUAUUUAUCUAUCCAUAUUGUUCUAUCUAUCUAUCUAUCUAUCUAUCUAUCUAUCUAUCUAUCUAUCUAUCUAUCUGUCAUGUGCUUUACACCUGAAAUAGUCCUUGACUUGCCCUGGGCGCAUGUAGCUGAUAUUGAACUCUAG